AUGUCUCUGCCGCCGAGCUCACCGAGGCUCCCCAGCCCGCCGCCGCCGGCCGAGAUACAAAUUGGACCCAAGUCUCCCUCGAUGGGCCCCCAUGCCACCCGGCAGGCACAGCAGAUCGAGCAGACCCAGAUCGACGCGGCCGCAAAGAGGCGCAUCCACCCGGGAACCAAAUCUGCCGACAUGGCUGCGGGGCCGCCUCUGGUCCCGUUGAACGAGCUCGACUCGGCCUUCCAGCUCCAGGAGCACCUCUCGGCGCUGCACUACUACCACACGGCAGGCAACACGACGCCGAUCACGCGGGAGACAGCGCGGCUGCUGGCUGCGCCGCCGCCAUCUAUCGACCGGACGCUCUGGUUGUACGAACUCUGCCGCUUCCUGAUCAAGCAGUGCAACAGCCUGAUCGUGGGCUUCCUCUUCGACACCCCUCCCUGCAGCGCGGCGACGUGCCCCGAGAUGCGCGCCUCCGAGUGGCAGUUCCUGUGCGCCGUCCACGACGCCCCUAAGAGCUGCUGCGCCAUCGACUACUGUUGCCACACGCUCGACUGGGCCGCCAACGUUGUAACCAACCCAAAAAUAUUCCCCAGCCGCUUUGUCGUCCUGCCUGACGGCCACGACCGCGGCACCGCCCUCAAGAACCUCGUCAACGUCUUCAGGCGCCUCCACCGCAUCUUUGCCCAUGCCUGGUUCCAGCACCGCGGCGUCUUCUGGUCCGUCGAGGGCCAGACCGGCCUCUACGUAUUUUUCAAGACCGUCUGCGACCUUUACGACCUCCUUCCGGCUGAGAACUACAAGUUGCCGCCGGAAGCCGAGGGUCUGGAGGCCUCGACCGGCGGGACCGGCGCGGCGGAUAGUCCCCCCGGUGAGGACACGCCCCAGCGACAGCAGCAGCAGGAGGGGGGCCAGCAGCCGCCGCUCGUCGUGACCGGCAUUGCCCGGCCGCCGUCGCAGCGGCACGACGUGGACGAGGACGGCUUCGCGGGCGUGCGAGGGACCAACACGAGGAGGCACAUCCGGAGCAGCCCCUCGACCGGCAACGCCGUCGCAACGGUCCCGGAGGUGGACGAGGACGACAACAGCGCGGCUGGGGUCGCAAGCAGGCUCAGGCACCUGCACAUAUCUAACCCGGACGCGGACACGGGCGCGGACGCGGAGGAGCCCGAGGUGGCCGAGGUGCCCGUGAUCGUUAUGGAGGACUACGCCGGCUCUCACUACCCUCCUCCGCCGCGCCGCAUGUCCCCGCAGGCCAGCGCCAAGGAAGUCGAUCCGGCAUCAGAUUCCGGACCGCAGACCCUGCCCGUGGCGGAGGAGCAGCAACAGCCGCCUUCUCAGCCGUCGGAGGCCGAAGAAGUCGCCGAGCCCCAAACUGUUCCCGAAGAGCCGAUUCUAGCCUCGGAAGAGGAGGAUGCUGCACCGGGAUCUCCGACGGGGGGGCAGGAGACGGAGACAGAGACAGAGACAGAGACACAGGCUACGGCUGGAAAUGACAUGGAGCCAGAGGCGGCUGCAGGAGAGGAGCCAGCGGUGGCUGAUGGGGGAGAGGAGAUCGAGGAGGUAGGGAACGAGACGGUCCUCGCGCCCGCAGGCGAUGAGGACGACGGCGACGACGACAACGGCAAGAGCGAGGAGGACGGCAGCGGCGGCGGCAGGGAAGGAGAGGAUGCCCCAGCCGCGCCACCAGCAAGUGGAGAGGAGGCCCGAUCCGGCGAGACGGCCACUACGUCCGCGGAGAAGGCGAAACCAACUACAGAAACCGAGCCGCCGGAGGACACGAAAGAAGCAAAGCCGGAGGAGGAGGUGCCCAAAGAUGCCCCUACCCCUACCCCUACCCCUACCCCUGCGGGCGAUGGUGACGAGGCGGAAUGA